AUGCGUGUCCGCUCCCUAUCUCUAACACGUCUAGAAGAAUCCACGUCAUCGCGACGAAGUUCAGUCCCAGACAUGCCGGCUCAAGUUCACAAUUCAAGGACAAAGAACAGAAAUGGAUUUUCUCAGACCGGAUGUAUCCAGACGGACCCUGGGGAUUCCCAGUGGUCGGGCAUCUUCCGUUGCUUGGAAAAUUCCUCCCUUAGCAGCUCAUGGAGUGGCGUAAAACAUACGGCGACGUUUACAGGAUACGAAAUCGAUAGCGUCGUAGGGCAAGAACGGCCGCCUGCGCUCACAGAUAAGCCCCGCCUUGUAUACACGGCAGCAGUCAUUCAGGAAGUCAUGCGCAUUGUUGCGAUGCUUCCGGUUUCCUUGCCGCACUACGCGAUACAGGACGCGAUUAUUUGUGGCUACCAUGUUGACAAAGACACCGUCGUCAUCCUUAAUAUGUUUUCCGUUUCCCACGAAGCAAGGGUCUGGGGCGACCCUGACAACUUUCGACCCGGGUGUUUUUCUACUGAGAGCGGGGAAAUCAACACCUCAUUGCUCGGUCACUCACUUCCGUUUGGUCUCGGACGGAGGCGAUGUGUUGGUGAACAAUUAGCCAACAUCAGCCUCUACAUUUUGUUUUCAUCUCUCAUGCAGCAGUGUCGCUGUUCACUGCCAGGCAGUGCGGACCUUACAUCGGUUCCGGAACUAGUUUCUACCCCGGAGAAAUGCAAUAUCAUAGUGCAGAAUAGGAAUUGA